GAUCUGAAAGACUUGCGCUCUCAACUCCACCAAGCAGCAGAUUACUGCGAGAAUGCAUUUUUUAAGGCCGGCCAUAGAAAAUUAAGUGCAGAGAAUUUUGAUGCGAAAGUUUGGAUCCUCUCUAGUCGAUCGGUGUCUCUGUCCGUUCUAAUUACUAAUCAUCCAUUUCGGUGGGUUCCAUCGAUCACGGGGAGAUGUCUGGACAAGAAUUAGAGUGGGUCCUACUCCAACCAUUCUUUUUCUUUCUUUGUUUUUUUUUCUUUUUUUUUUUUGAAGUAAAGGGGAGAUUACUUGUGGAAGAGCGCGGCACAGUCACCCAACUUAAUUGAAAGAAACCGAUAUACAGCAAAGGAGAAGUGAAAGGAUGUACAAAGUGAAGAACAUACACAGUAAAGAUUGAUGUUGCUGCAUGUCUUUAAUAAAAGACACCACCUCUGUUAACGGAAGAAAGGGUUGAAGGAUUGCACCAGGAGUCCAGAAGAAGCUGAAGAGAAAAACUAAUCCAAGUCUAAGUGGAAGCCUUUGAUUUUUUUCUCCCAAACCAUGAUAAAGCCAGGCAAAGGUCCUAGCAAUCAUUGCAGAAAUUUAAAGCUUUAAUUGCUAGAGAAGUAGGAGAUGAUCAGAUUUUGUGGGUCCUACCAUUUUCUAUCAUGUAUGUGUCGAUUCGUGUAGGUUGAGUUGGCGGAGUUACUGAGUGUUAGAUAUCAACAAACAAAUUGAGUUUGGAUUGGGGAAAUGAAUUGUGAGCUGGGAUAAAUAGUAGCAUGGGGACUAAAAUGUUUGUUCUUGCUCUGUACGGAGCCUUCUCUCGCUUGGAGAUCCAAAUCCAGAACAGUCAAUUCUAUGAGUUAUGGACCUCCAAAUGCAAUGCAAUAACAACAUCUCUAACGUAAUAUUCUCUUGUGACUUGGAAAGAGUUUUGGAGAGCACAUCUAACGUAAUAUUCUUUUGUGACUUGGAAAGAGUUUUGGAGAACACAAAGAGCUACAUCUGUGAUGCAGUUGUUGCCAUGGUCGAUCAUCUGGGGAAUGUUUCGUCCAAGCUCGAGCACCGGCUCCAUGGCAGCAUCGAGGUCGUGCAAACGGAGCAAAAGAUUGAUUGCUUAAAACAGAGGCUUCUCACCUGUCAACAAUACACUACAAGUCUCAAUCUGUCUGCCGUGCGAUGGAGUGCCAAGUUGCCGCGAUAUCACCAGCAUUAUCUGUCACCACUCCCUCAGCAUCCUGCAAAGUCGAGUGGUAUCUCCAGAGAUGAGGCUGCUGAUAAAAUAGCAUCCCAAACAUCUAGUGAAAAAGAUCAGCAGGCAGUGGCCAUUUGUCCUUCAGUCUCUGUUGCAGGUGAUAGUGUCAAGCUUCCUAAAUUGGGUGCAGGAAUAACAUUCAGCACAGCUAUCCCAGUUCGCAAAGGCCCAUCUAUUCUUUCAAAGUCAUGCAAUUCUUCAUUUGGUUCCUAUACAGAUGAUGUUCAUCUGCUGCUUGGUGUGGACCGGAGGAAGAAGUCUCUGCAAGGGAUUAACUUCUUGUCAUUUCUUCGGAUGAGUAAAAGAAAGACCUAGAAAAGGAUGGCAACAAGAUCUUGUAAUCAAAAACUUAAAACUCUAGCUUGCUGACAUUUUACUUCUUUACAUGUAGCUAAAACUUGUUCAUGGUAUAGGUGCAGAAGUUGUGUAGAACUUGGAUGCAUGUUCAACCUAACAAAAUGAAUGUUUCCACUUUAUUUUU